AUGAUGGCCCACCAUUUUCACGUCAUCGAUCCGGAGGCCUCCGACGGAGUCCGCAGCGCUGUGUUCGAGAUCCCAGAGGCGACGAAGCCGAAGAUCGAUGUGGCCACGAAGGGCCCCGCGCCGCUGCUGCGCGCGGUGGGCCCGGUGAGCCUGGUCUGCCGGGUGCCCGAGAUCGUCCGCGUCGCGGAGCGCGGGGACGUGGGCGCGUUGCUGUCGUUGCUGCAGGGCGGGGAGAGCCCCGACGCGGCGGACGACUUCGGCCUCACGGCCCUGCACGUGGCGGCCAAGAAGGGCCACGCCGCCGUCGUGGGGCACCUGCUCGAGGCGCGCGCGGACGUGAACAGGCGCGCCUCGGGCCUGCGCGGGGAGACGCCCGCCUUCUACGCCUGCAAGUACGGGCGCGCCGCGGUCCUGUGCCUGCUGCUCCGACACGGGGCCGACCCCGACCUGGCGACCACGGACGGUAGGGUGCCGUCCCAGCUCGCGCGGGAGAAGGGUCACCACGAGGUUGAGGCGAUCCUGCUCAGCGUGCUCCGCUGGUCUGUCUGA